AUGGCAUUAUCAAGGGACCACCAAGACUCUCCAGAGGAGAAUGAGAGAAAGUCAUCAUCUCCCUCCGAAGCUAUGACCAUUAAUCCUUGCUUGAUAUUCAUUGUUCGCAAAUCGCCAGAAGAAGUUAAAAGAAAGGACCCAUCAAAUCAACUCAACAGCGGAGAAGCAGAGAUCAUGAGGCUUGGCAAGGAUGCAGCUAUUACGUCUUCGGAAUCGAUUUGCUUCGGUUUGGGAUAUAUGGCGAAAGCCAGAAAGGAUUCUUAUAGAGUAAUAGAAUUGAUGGUAUUUGAUGAGCGAUGCGAUGAGAUGGGAUGGGAUGAGGAUGAGAUGUACAGCUGGAUGAUCAAGGGCGGCAAGUAA